UUGUGAAUCUAAGCGGUGUAUUAACGCGUUAUUCCCCUAACGGUAAAGAUGUGACCGGCGGAGAUGGCAGAGACGAUAGAGGCGGAAGGGAAACCUGCGCUGCCCGGUUUCUUGCAGCCAUGAUUGGUAGCGGCCGUCAGUACUUACUUAACCGUUGCCGCGUUAGCAGGUGCGGUUACUUUCUACUUCAUUGAUUCCACGAUCAUCAGCGUCCCUCCCGUGUUCCUCUCGCAUUGUUCGACCCGACGCCGAUUUCAACUACAAUCAAGUGACGAUUGGCUGACUUGCGAUUUUUCCAUAGUGGAGGAAGGUGCUUUUCCUCUUUGACUAGAUCUUUCUGCUUGGAAUAUGGAUUGGCAAUGGCUCGGUAUUUUACUGCUAUCAGGAAUAAUCUCAAAUGUAACAACGGAACCGUAUUACACUAUUAUUGCGCCGAAGGUGGUACGCCCUGAUUCAGAAUAUCAUGUUGCGGCAAGUACCGCCGGUAUAUCGACACCAUCAACGAUAUAUGUCGAGUUGACCGGAGAACUCGAUAUAGAAAAAAUAUUCAACGUUUCUCGCACCAUAGUCGUCGAACCUUAUUACACUAAAAUUUUACAAUUCAACAUUGGUGAGACCACGCCAGGGAAAUACAAACUUACAGCGCGUGGUUUGUCAGGUAUACAUUUCGAGAAGUCGAAGGAUAUUGACUAUGUACAUAAAAGUCACUCUGUUUUCAUACAAACUGAUCGGGCGAUUUAUAAACCUGGUCACAAAGUUAUGUUUCGCUGCAUAAUAUUGGACUCGAGAUUAAGGCCAAGUAUCGUAGGGCCGACGGAUGUAUAUAUUAUUGAUGGCGAUGGUAAUCGUAUCAAACAAUGGAUUCGACCAUCAGUGGUUCACGGGAUCUUCAGUAGUGAAUUGGAGUUAUCAGAGUCGCCAGUGUUGGGCAGCUGGAAGAUUGUUACCAAUGUGGGCGAUCAAACUUUCGAAAAGGCAUUCGAAGUCGCGGAAUAUGUCUUGCCGAACUUUGAAGUGAUAAUUGAUUCGCCGAAACAUUCAACCUUUAAAGAAUCAAAAGUAGUAGCAACCAUUUAUGCAAAAUAUACUUAUGGAGAACCAGUGAAAGGUGAAGCUACGAUAACAGCUCAUCCCGAUAUUUUUUCUGGCGUUAUCCAACCGAUAUUCCAGCAACCUGUGAGAAAAGUGGUACCGAUUGAUGGAAAAGUUACGGUCGAUUUCGAUAUUAAGUCUGAAUUGAGACUGACCGACGAAUAUGACAGACCUAUCAUGAUCGAUGCUGUGGUGGAGGAAGCUUUAACCGGUAGAAGACAAAAUACUUCCAUACAAAUCAUGCUACACAAACACAAGUAUACGAUGGAAUUAAUAAAAACUUCAGAAUAUUUCAAGCCGGGACUAAAAUAUACCGCAUUUUUGAAAUUAACGUAUCACGAUGGAUCACCGGUGCAGGACACGAAAAAUUCUGUUUUGAUAGCAUAUGGAUACACAUACAACCAAUCGGCUUACACGCAUAUUACGCGUAUGCUGGAUGAACAUGGCAUGGUGCAACUGGAUUUUUAUCCUCCUAAGCCACAAGAUAACACAUCCUUCCCCUUGAACAUAGAAGCGCAAUAUUUGAAUCUUCACGAGUGGUUUCCUUCAACUAAUCAAGCCACAUCUUUGAGUAAUGAAUACAUUCAAGCAAAUUUAAAAACGGAAAAACCUAUGGUAAACGGUAACGUUGAAAUCGAAGUAAACUCUACCGCCCCGUUAAAAUACAUAAGUUACGAAGUACUUGGUCGAGGUGAUAUUCUAGAUGCGGGAUCGAUAUAUAUACAAGACAAACAUACGACAUCUUUCGAGUUUUUGGCAACAUACGUCAUGGCACCUACUGCGCAUGUAAUCGUAUAUUAUGUACGAUUGGAUGGAGAAGUAAUAGCAGAUUCGUUGGAUGUAGAAUUAACGGGAACACUUCAGAACUUUGUUGAUCUUAAAGUAACAUCUGGGGAAGCAAAGCCUGGAGAUGAAGUUCAUAUUACGGUUUCCGCAAAACCCGAUUCUUACGUUGGAUUGUUAGCUGUUGACCAGAGGUCCAUUCUGCUAAAAUCUGGGAAUGAUCUUUCUCAUGAUCAAGUGUACCAGGAGUUGCAGUCGUACGACAGGGCAGACGUUUCGCCGUAUACGGACUCAUUUUUCGGUCGUCCUUUAUGGAGACCCGGCUCAGGAACAGCGGAUGAUAUAUUUCAAAAAACUGGCGUAGUAAUACUCACAAACGGGUACGUCCACGAGAACUUCGCUUUACGUAAGUACAAAGGAUCCGAAUUUAUGGAUGGUAGAAUAACGGGCUCGCCUCAUGAGGUAUCCACGCUUCGACCAGACCUUGGUCCAUCUGUUACGCACAGAUUAGCAACAAGACCACCACUGGCAGGUCCUUACGCCUUCUCUCGCAUCCCACCUCCUGUUUGGAAUAAGCCCCGUGUAUUCCUAAUGCAUGACAUCUUAAACACCUGGUUAUUCGCAAACUUCUCUUCAGGACGUACUGGACAAAUUGACACGCGACGAAAGGUACCAGAUUCUAUCACGUCAUGGGUGUUGACUGCAUUCUCCUUGAACGAUGCGCACGGGUUGGGUCUCAUAGAGGAGCCUAGGAAGUUGAAAGUGUUCAGACCAUUUUUUAUAUCUGUGGACUUGCCAUAUUCAGUAAUGCGAGGGGAAAUCGUGGCGAUACAGAUUGCGGUCUUUAAUUAUAUGAAUAAAGAUUUGACGGCUGAAGUUUUGCUAAAGAAUGAGGGUCAAUUUGACUUUGCAGAAGUUUCUAAUGAAGUUAAUGAUGCACCACGAUUGGAGUUAUAUCGUGCGAAGAAGGUAGAUGUGAAAGCUAACUCUGGCUCCAGUGUAUCGUUCAUGAUUAUUCCAAGAGAACUGGGGUACAUCGAUAUAAAAGUGACUGCUAGCUCUGUUUCGGCUAGUGAUGGCGUUGCACAUAAACUGCUUGUUAAUGCUGAAGGAGAAACACAAUACAGGAACAAAGCGGUAUUUCUGGAUUUAAGAAAUGUUGAUCAUGUGGAGACAAAUAUUACUAUUGAUAUACCUAACAACGCCGUUCCAGAUUCCGAAAGCAUUCACAUAUCUGCAGUUGGUGAUAUUUUGGGGCCUAGUAUCACAAAUCUGGCAAAUUUAAUAAGAAUGCCGUUUGGUUGCGGUGAGCAGAAUAUGUUGAAUUUUGUACCAAACAUCGUCGUUUUGAAUUAUCUUAAGAAUACAAACCAAUUAACACAAGCCGUGCAAAGUAAAGCAUUAAAAUACUUGGAUAUUGGUUACCAACAAGAAUUGACUUAUAGACAUACUGACGGUUCUUUCAGUGCGUUUGGUAUGUCGGAUCCUAAUGGAAGUACAUGGCUUACAGCUUUCGUAGCAAAAUCUUUUAAGCAAGCGGCGGAAUAUAUCAUGGUGGAGAACAGGAUAAUAGAUGAGGCCUUGGAGUGGUUGUCUAACAAUCAAGCUGCAAAUGGCUCCUUCCCUGAAGUGGGAAAAGUGAGUCAUCGCGAUAUGCAAGGUGGAGCUGCGAAAGGGCUUGCUCUAACGGCAUAUACACUUAUCACUUUUCUUGAAAAUCAAGAUUCCACAGAGAAAUAUCGUAAUACAGUAAACAAGGCUGUUGACUACAUAGUUCGUAAUAUCGAGGGGUUAAACGACACGUAUGCGUUGAGUUUAUGCGCUUACGCUUUGAAUCUAGCGAAACAUCCGUUCGAAACUUCUGCAUUUAAUUAUUUAGAGUCGAAAGCUAUGACGCAACAAGAUCUUAAAUGGUGGAGCAAACCUAUACCGAAGGAUGACAAAAAUCCAUACUAUGAACUACCGCGUUCUGUCGAUGUCGAGAUGACGUCUUACGCUUUACUCUCGUAUCUUAGACGUAACUUGCUUCCCGACACGAUUCCGGUAAUGAAGUGGCUUAUCAAGCAAAGAAAUCCAGAAGGCGGCUUCGCCUCGACGCAAGAUACUGUAAUCGGGCUUCAAGCGUUGGCGAAACUCGCCGAAAAGUUAUCGAGGGACAUAGGUUCGGUUCCGAUUGUGUUCAAACACGAGGGAGGUCAGGGCUAUAUGAACAUAAAUGGCGGCAAUUCCAUGAUAUUACAGAAGCAACUGUUACCGAAGAAAACUCGACAAGUCAACAUAACGGCGUCUGGUAAAGGGUUCGCGUUAGUGCAAGUAUCUUAUCAGUAUAACUUGAACGUGACCGGUGCUUGGCCAUUGUUUACUUUGGAUCCUCAAGUAGAUAAAAAUUCCAAUGCUAAUCAUUUGCAACUCUCCAUAUGCUCAGGAUUCGUCCCAACCAAAGAAACGAACGAGAGUAACAUGGCUGUUAUGGAAGUGAGUUUACCUUCUGGCUUUACGGUGGACAGAGAUUCUUUACCAAGUCUGGAAGUAUCGUCACAUGUGAAGCGUGUAGAAACUAAAUAUGGUGACACGAUGGUAGUUUUAUAUUUUGAUAAGAUGGUGCAGCAAGAAUAUUGUCCCACUGUGUCCGCAUUCAGGGUGCAUAAGGUAGCUAAACAGAAACCAGUCCCUGUUUCUAUAUAUGACUAUUAUGACUCAUCGAGAAGAGCAAGGGUAUUUUAUGAGCCUAUAAGGACAAAUCUAUGUGAUUUGUGCGACGGUGAAGAUUGCGAUGAUAUAUGUGUCUCAAAACCAGGCAAACAAAAAGAUAAUGCUACGGUGUCUGUCGCGUCUCGUAUUUACAUGUGUGUAUAUUUACAAUUUAUCCUUUUCUCGUUUUAUUCUUUGCUUUAUAAAUAUGUUUAGUUAUACAGUUAUACUGAGUAAUUAUUUUACUAUAUUAUAGUAGUAUUUUAUGUAAUCUAACAAGAGAUGACGUAUAAACGAGAGGCGUAUAAAUUGCGACCAAAGUGUUUGUUACGCAAAAUUUAAAAUACUACGAUUCAUUUCUCUUUACGUAGUGUCCACAAAUCAAACUAACAUAAGAUUUAAUUACCUCUGUAAUAUUAAUAUUAAGUUUAUAAUAAAAUUU